CAGUGCGAGCAAAGAGCUUUCCCUGAAUGAAUCCUGGAAACCCCGUGGCUGUCUUCUGACAUGACCAGCGGACACACAUCUGUGCGGAGACUACCCGAUCUAUAACUUCGGCUUCUAAAGUACCAUGUCCAGCAAAGAAAGCCCUGGUGUGGGGGUUUCAACGACAACUGUCAGCUCUGUAGCUGUACAAGCUGGGGACUCCAAGAUCGUGAUAGCCAUGGUGAAGUGUGGCAAAUGGGUUCAGCUGCAGCUAGCCGAAUCACAGCCCAAUCUUCUAGAAAUUGGGAGCAGUCAAGAUGAAACCAAAAAACUACUUCAUGACCAUGAAAUUCUUCUGGCUAAACUCAAGGCUUUGGAAGGUCGAGUGUGGGAACUCUUGCAAGAAGCAGACAAGACAGCUGACGCUAACAGGGCUCAGAGUCAGGUCUAUGAUGCCAUGGCCCAGACCUUGGGGGACGCAUGGGCAGCCCUGGUCUCCAUGCUUGAGAGAAGACGACAGCUCCUGAACCUGACUUCGGAGUUUUUUGAAAAUGCUUUGGAGUUUGCUAUCAAAAUAGACCAAGCUGAAGAUUUCCUCCAGAAUCCUCAUGAGUUUGAGAGUGCUGAAUCCUUAAAACCCCUUCUUCAGCUCCAUGACCAUCACACCAAAGAACUCUUAGAACGAUCUCUAGCCCUUCUAAACAAAAGUCGGCAGCUCACUGACUUCAUAGAGAACUUCAAGUGUGAUGGACCUAAUGUGAAUUCUGAGUUGAUUCAGGGAGCUCAGAGCAGUUGUCUGAAGAUUGACAGUCUCCUUGAACUUCUACAAGAUAGGAGAAGACAACUAGACAAGUGCUUGCAGCAGCAACGGCAAGAAUUGGCUCAGGUUUUGCAGAUAUGUCUGUGGGACCAACAAGAACAUGAGGUUUCUUAUUGGUUUCAGAAAACCAUUAUGGAUUUGCAGGAACAAAGUCUGGGCUCAUCACUUUCAGAUAAUGAGGAGCUCAUUCGUAAGCAUGAGGAGCUGAUAGGAAAAGCAAAGGAGUGGAAUUAUGCUGUGGAGAAACUGAAGAGCGAGGCUGUGGGGAUUCUGCUGUCGAAGGACCAUGUAGAGAAAGAACAUCUGCAGCUCUCCAACCAGAAUCUACACCAGCUUCAGGAGGAGUUUAGUCAACUUAUGGCGGAAAGGAAAGCCUUGUUAACAACAGCAAAUGAGUUCUUUAGUAGUGCUAAAAAGGCAUUUGAUGUACUUGGAAAAGUUGAAGCUUACCUUAAGCUCCUUAAAUCAGAGGGUUUAAGUCUGCCUGUCUUGGCAGCGAGGCACAAGGAAUUACAUGGAGAAAUUAAAGUCUGCACAGCUGACGCUUUGCAGAAGGGACAGACCUUAAUCAGCCAAGUAGACUCCCGCAGCUCUCGGGUGGCAGGCGUCCAUGAAAUGCUAGGAUGCAUUCAGAGACGAGUGGACCAUCUGACUGAGCAGUGUUCAGCGCACAAGGAAUUCGCUCUCAAGAAGCAGCAGAGGGCAGCCUCCGUGGCAGGUUACCUGAGGAAGGUGGAGAUGUCAAUUCAGAAUAUCAUUCCGGUACUUUCUAACACACUGGAUGUUGGUUCCAGCCUUUCUGAAUCAGAGAAGAUUUUGAAUAAAUAUCUAGAACUAGAUAUCCAAGCUAAGGAGACAGCACAGGCAUUAGAAGCAGCUGCAAAAAUCAUGGCAGAGAAAAAUGAACUUGAACCUGAUGAAGAGGCAUCACUUUCUUUUAAAGCUAAAUGGCUGGAGGAGGAAUUAAAUAUACUUGGCCUAAGCAUCGGCUACAGAUCCCAAGUCCUGCAAACUUAUGUGGCAUUUCUGCAGUCAUCCGAGAAGGUGGAGGAACAGCUUCAGAGCCUAAAGGAAUUUUAUCAACUGGAAAUUCCUCAGAAGGGAGAGAAUGGUGCUGAAGUCCAGCAUUGGAAGGACUCAACUGAGAAGCAGUGGCAGCUAUUUUUAAAACAGAGUUUUUCAGCCCAAGACCUAGGGCUUGAGUUCCUUCAUUUAAUAAGUAUGGCAAAAGAGGACGAGAUAGUAAAUGUGAAAAAUGAAAUGCAUGUUGUGGAGAAUAUUAUGAAAAAUCAGAUGACUGGAAGGGAAGAACUUAGUCGCCUUCGAAUGACAUGGCACCUUAGAGCCACUGAAGACAAGCCUGUGAGACAGCAGUGGGGAGCAUUACAAGAGAGGCUUAAACAGACAACUCACAACUUAAAACUUCUUCAGGAAGCACUCAUGUCUGUGUCUGCACUUGACCUGGGAGGGAGCCUCCAGACCAUCUUAGAUCUUCAGAGAAAGUGGAACGGGAUGAAGCCUCAGCUCCAGCAACUACACGAUGAGGUGCAGUGUAUCAUGAAAGAAUGGGAAAAACUAGAUGGUAAGGGAGCACCUGUGAAGGAGAAGUCUCAACAACUGAAGGACAUGAUUCACCUCCAUCACAGACAGACAGAGCAAAGCCAGGAUUACCAGGAGAUCCUGGACAAAACAGUCCAGUUCCAUCAAGUCAAGGAAGAAGUGAUGCAUCUCAUCAAGUCAAGAAAACUGGAGUUUUUAGAAGAGCUCAAGGAACUGGGAGAUGUUCAGAAAGCGCAGAUGUGCCUCAAUUACUGUCAGGACAAGCGGGCACAUGUUGACCAUCUCUGUCGUCUGGCUCUUGCGUUAGGAAUGGGCAUCAUCUCUUCAGUGCAGAGGCCUAAUUGCUCUAAUAUUUCUGCAAAGAACCUGCAACAGCAGCUGGAGGCCCUGCAGGUGGCCAGCAUGAACUGGCAUGCUGAAAUCAGGGAGUCCGAAGAGGUCCUGUCCCAGAUCCUGGAGUACAGCACCACAAGAGAUGAGAUCAGUGAGCUCAAAGAGUCAUUCAAAGAUAUCAAAAAGAAAUUCAACAAUUUGAAGUUUAAUUAUUCCAAGAAAAAUGAAAAAUCUCGAAGUCUGAAGGCUCUUCAAUGUCAAAUCCAACAAGUUGAUAUGUAUAUCGAGAAAAUGCAGGCUUUGAGGAAGAAAAUGGAGAAAGUUAAUAACAAAACUUCUGAUUCAUUCUUAAACUAUCCAAGUAAUAAAGCUAAUGUCCUUUUGGAAGCCAUGAAGGAUUUACAUAAACAUGUGGAUGACUUUGACAAAGUUAUCACAGAUUACAAGAAGAAUUUGGAUCUGACUGAGCAUCUCCAGGAGUUAAUUGAAGAGUGUAACUUUUGGUAUGAAGAUACAAGUGCCACAGUUGUAAGAGUUGGAAAGUAUUCCAUGGAGUGCCAAACAAAGGAAGCAGUGGAAAUUCUCCACCAGCAGUUCACCAAGUUUAUUGCCCCCUCAGUACCUCAGCAAGAAGAAAGAAUUCGAGAGGUCACCGAACUUGCUCAGCGUUUAUAUGGAUUGGAAGAUGGGCAAAAAUAUGCUGAGAAGAUAGUCACAAGACACAGAGAGAUCCUUGAGUCUGUGGCUGAAUUAUGUGGGUCUCUCAGGGAGCUUGAAGAAAAACUGAAGCAGGGCAAUAUUACAAAGAUGAGUCCAAAUUUGGAGGACGUCCACGACAAUUACAUCGACCUACUAAAGGAAUCAGGAAGAAAUGAACAGGAUCCAUUCAAUGAGGAAAGGAAUAAGGGGCAGGCCCAGGGAGCAGACAUCUUGGUGGUCAAUGGAAAAGGCCAAGAUGGCCUUCCGCAGGAGACAGAACCGCUCUCCUCUGCCAAAGAAGAUGGUGCCCAGGGUGUGAUUCUCCCCGAAGACAUGCUAUCUGGAGAUGACGCUGAGUGUGUCUCCCCUGACGACAUCUCCUUACCUCCCCUCCCAGGAAGCCCCGAGUCACCCCUGGCACCUUCAGACAUGGAGGUGGAGGAGCCUCCCAGCUCCAGGGCUCUCACUCUUCAAGUCAGCCGCUGCAAGAUGCAGAUGGAGUCUGGUGGCCCAGGGGAGGCCCAGGAGUCUGCACUUCCUCCACCUCUUGCUUUUGCUGAUGUGCGCAAUGAUAAGAAAGACAUUCCUAGUCAUUCUGAGAGGCCCUAUUCCCAGUUCAAAGCGGAGUCAUCAUUCACCUCCAGUGGCGUGGUAGAAAAGAGCACGGCACUGUACAUCAGCGUUAAACAGCCUGAGAGCAUGCCCCGUGACGUGCACGAGCGCGCUUUUCAGCAGCACGCCCAGCCCCAGGAAGGCUUGCUAGAACCCCAGGAGAAAAUGCAUGCUGAUUCUAAUGUCACUAAAACCCAGGACAGGCUGCAUGCUGCCCCUGACGUCUGCCUGGGUCUCGGCUCUCCAUCAGACACCAGAUCAGGCCACCCGAGGCAGACGGGUCCCAGGGGAGAGAUAAAAAGCAUGCCCGCAAAGAACAGUGUGGUCAGCCUAGCUGGCCAGGCACCUCAUUUCUCCAGGCUCCUGUCCAAUGUCACUGUCAUGGAAGGUUCUCCGGUGACUUUGGAAGUCGAAGUAACAGGAUUUCCAGAGCCUACACUCACAUGGUACAAGGAGGGCCAGAGAUUGCCUGCAGACGGACACUUACAGGUUUUAUGCAAGGAGACAAAGCAUUCGGUGUUCAUUCCGAAGGUCUGUGAGGCAGACGCAGGCCUCUAUGUGGCUCAGGCCCAAAACUCUAGUGGCACCCUGUCUUCCAAGGGCAUCCUCCAUGUAACAGGUAACCACAGGCCACCAAUCACAAGAAUAAACUGGAUUAUGCUGUGUGUCAUCUAUGUCAGUGUGUCCCUAAUGUACUGGCUGCUUUCACAGUAACAGUUGUGUUGGCAUCGAUGGACAUUUUUAUGAAUCUAAAGGACAAUAUAAUUGCUUAUUUCCCCUCAUCUCCCAUAAGGCAUUUCGCAGAAGAUUAGAUCCACUCUGAUCAUUUUGUUUGCUUGUAUACUACUGUCAAGAGAAAUGACUGAAUUUUCUUUAGUGACUAAUGUAUUGGAGGGGCUUUAUAAAUUAUGUGUAGCAUGUUAGGAUAUAUGUUUGUACAAUAGAAGAUAUGUGUUCCAUAUCAUAUGUGACAAAAUUAUGCUCAUUCUUUCCUAAAUUAAGGACAUGUAAAUGUCCACAUCAGCAGAGAGGUAGGAGCUAGUUUCCAAAUGCAAUUGCUUAAUAAUUUAUUUUAUUAAUGUACACCCAUACAUCUCUUUCUAAGGCACAGCAGUAGAAAUACUGAGCUGAAGUUAUGAUUUUUACACUGUUUUAGUCAUGUGUUAAUCAUGUGUGUGUUGUGUGUGUGUGUCUACAUCUCAGUUACUGAAACAUAUUCUAUGUAGUUUCAACACAGACUACAUUCCUGAGAAUGAACAUGUCACUGUAAGUCACCAUUCCUCAUGGUGAUCUCAUGGGCUCAACACUGGAGAAUAGACAUGUCAUCUGCCUUUAGGGGAGUUUCAGCCUUUCAUUCAUUCUGUCUGUGGCAUAGCAAGUUGGAUGACAGGCUGCAGGAUGGACCAACAUUCUGCCUGUCAUUCCUCUGCUGUGUAUUAGGCAUCCAUGUCUCCAACUGUAGUCAGGGCCUCCUGCUUCCAACGCUGAUGCUGCUAGUGAGCGCUUUUAUAGCUGAUGGCAAGACAUAGCAUUGCUUCAUUUUCCUGUCUAUACCAUCCCUUCUACCUCUUUGGCAAUUGAGAAUUUUCAUGCUGUGUCUUGUGAGGAUGCGGACAGUGGAACAUGAAAGACCAUUACUUGUUUAGUGUAAUUUGUCAUCAUACUGGGCUGCUGCCCAUGUGUCUCUUUCAGAUGAUGUUCCUUUAGACUAUUAAAUUCAAGCAGUGCUGUUGGUAUGUGAUGCCCAGCUACUCCCUUGUGGGGGGCAACAAUGUUCCAUGAAUCAAAGUUUAACUUCUUUUCUAGCUUCUUAAGACUACAUCUUUUCAAGUGAGAUCCUUUAACCGCUGAGCCAUCUCUUCAGUGUUAUAUACAUCUUUUCAAAGACUUGACAUUGAACUCAAGAGGACACGUUUAGUAUGUUUUAGGGAAAAAGUUUGUACUAAGAUAGUAUAAGAUAAAGUUUUGUCUUUUUAAAUAAUUAUCACUGUAAUAUUGAAAAUGUCCUAUGACUUUAUGAAAUGAAAUAUUCACAAAAGAGAUCAUCCUUUUGGUUCCUUUAAAAAAUAGGAAUAAGCAUUUGUUUUCAUAUUUUAAGCAGAGAUUGUUAUGUUAGGGCAAAAAAGCUUAAGCUGAACAGAGUCAUUUAUUACAGAUUUUUGAUGAAG